AUGAUGCCACGCUUGAUCCUAUCCUUUGCCUAUCACAGACCAUCGGGUGGAUAUGUCUUGGUCGGCGACUUGCAAGGCUACGAUCAAGCGCUAUUGAGAACGGAUGAUGGAUGGCGAAAACACAUUUGUGGAACCUACUACAUGCUGCAGGCGUUCAAUUCUGAUUUUGCAAGCAUCCGACGAGGGAUCACCAUCAUUGUCGAGUGCGAUGGAAUUACGGCUGCGGCCAAUCUGGAUUUCAAUGUCUCCAAGAGACUCUGCACCGAUAUUUAUGCCGUCUAUCCAUUUGUCACACGACAACUCAAGUACUUUCACGGUGGUCUCUUGUCGAACUUGUUGCUUUCCUUUUGCCGACCGCUGUUGCCCAAAUCGGUGCAUUCCAAGUUCCAAACGGGCUGUGUCUUUUCCGGUGGGAGGUUGGACUCUUUUUUUGCCCUUCCCGACAUGGAAACCUCCAAUCAACAAACCAUUCGGCAGAUGCAAGAAAGUGCUCAAAAGCGGUAUGUCAUGGCAGCUGCCUUUCGGCUGUAA